AUGUCAUCACAGCCUGACACUAGCUCUCUACCGUCUCUACCCACCCCGGACAGAUUCGAAUUCCCCUAUGCUAAACCCUAUGAUAUUCAAGUGGAGCUCAUGCGCACCGUGUUCAGGGCGUUGGAAGAUGGCAAGAUAGCCAUUGUAGAAUCCCCCACUGGGACAGGCAAAAGUUUGACUUUACUCACUGCUACUCUCACCUGGCUUAGGGCCCAUGAAGAAAGAGCCAAUAAAGAAGUCGAAGAAUCCCUUAGGACGAAACUACAGGCGGAAGAUCCGGAUGAUCCACCAUGGGUUAUAGAACACGCACUUAAAGCCUCUCUGGACACUCAUCGUGCAGCUCAAUCUCAACGUCUGGCCAGACUCGUAGCCGUUCGAAAGAAAGAACGUCAACAACGGCUUGCUUCCGCCACGGGAGCUUUUCGUUCUCGUCAAUCGAAGAAAGUCAAAGUUGAAUCAUCAGAGUCUAAUGUGGAAGAGGAGAAGGAUGAGGAAUUCUUACCUGAGGACAACGAGGUGAAUGGUGGUGAGGGGGAGUAUUUGAGUGUAGAGAUAUACUUCGCAUCCAGAACCCACACCCAACUUCGUCAACUCACUUCCGAACUCCUAAAAACUACAUUUGUUCCUUCUUCUUCGGAUACGCCGGAUUCUGAAGGUGACACACAUGGGAUCAGUAUGGUCCCCCUCGGCUCGAGGAAACAGUUAUGUAUCAAUGAUAAAGUCCGCGCGUUGGCAAGAAACGGGGGUGAUGAGAGGAUGAAUGAGGCUUGUUUAGAUAUGCAAAAGUCGAGUGAAUGCGAGUUCCUCCCCAAAUCCGAGGACGUCGCGAUGUUGGAUGCAAGGGAUGCGGUCCUUGCCGAAGUCCGAGAUAUCGAAGAUAUCGUCCAGAUGGGUCGGAAAUGUGGCGUGUGUCCUUAUUAUUCGACCAGGCGAGCUGUGAAACAAGCACAGCUCGUGACUUUACCGUAUAAUCUCCUCUUGCAAAAGAACGCCAGGGAGGCUCUAGACAUUGACCUGAAAGGUCAAGUUGUUGUCAUUGAUGAGGCCCACAACCUAAUAGAUACUAUCCUCUCCAUCCAUUCAACCACCCUAACGCAUCAUCACCUAACCUCUGCCAUAUCUCAACUCCAACAAUACCUCUCACGGUUCAAAACCCGACUGAAACCCAUACACACUUUAUGGAUACGUCAGACGCUCUCCGUUCUUACAGGUUUAUCAAAAGUUUGUCUAUCCUUCUCCACCGCCACCCCUUCCUCUUCGAACUCAUCACAAAACAAGUCCAGGUCGGAAAUGAUGGAUGUCAACACUUUCAUGGCCCGUGCGGGCGGUUCGACUGACCAAGUGAAUCUUAUGGACCUCGUUCGGUAUUUGAAAGAAAGUAAGUUGGCUAGGAAGGUCAGCGGAUUCGCAGAGAAGGUAGAAGAGGCUUCCAAGAAGCGAAACAAGGGUGAAAGAUCAGAUGUACGAACGAGACAUGCGGCUAUAGCUGCUUUUCAUCUGGUUGAAAGUUUCUUGUUGAGUUUGACAGAUGCAAAAGAUGAUGGGAGGGUGAUCUUAUCGGAUGAAGGGGGGAAAUUGGAGUUGAGGUAUAUCUUACUCAACCCUGCUGAAAGAUUUAGAGAGGUUGUGGAACAGGCCAGGAGUGUGGUAUUGGCUGGGGGUACGAUGGAACCUAUAAACGACUUUCUACGUCAAUUAUUCCCCUUCGUGACCCCUUCCCGAAUAAUCACUCUCUCAUGCUCGCAUGUCAUUCCAAAGUCUAAUCUCCUCACUCAAGUAGUGUCCUGUGGUCCGAGGAAGAUAGAAUUGGAGUUUAAAUAUUCCAACCGGUCUGAUGAUUCUUUACUCGCCGAACUUGGCUCCGUCAUUCUCUCCACAGUCGGACUAGUCCCCGAUGGCAUAGUGGUCUUCUUACCUUCUUAUUCCUUUUUAGAUAAAAUCAAACACACCUGGACCGCCGUGUUACCCAAGUUGGCCGAGAAGAAACAUGUAUUCUACGAACCCCAAACGUCUGGGGAAGUGGAGACUGUCUUAAGGGAUUAUUCUUUGGCCAUAUCAACUGUCAGUCCUCCAGGUAUAGGAGAUAAACGUAAAGGUGCACUCUUGUUCGCUGUGGUUGGUGGCAAGUUGUCAGAGGGUAUAAACUUUUCAGACAGAUUAGGAAGAUGUGUCAUCAUGGUCGGAUUACCAUUUGCCAAUAUUGCCAGUGUAGAGUUGAGUGAGAGAAUGAAAUACGUUUCUGGUUUACCUGGUGCUGGACCUGAUGCUUCGAAAGAAUUGUACGAGAAUUUAUGUAUGAGAGCGGUAAACCAAUCCAUCGGUCGAGCGAUACGUCACGCAAACGAUUACGCCUGUAUUUUACUAGUUGAUAAACGAUACGCUUCACAACGGAUCCGACGUAAGUUGCCUAAAUGGAUAAGGGAGGAUGUCCAAGUUCCUCCGGAUUGGGCUGGGGUCGCACGUGGUUUGGCGGGGUUUUUCAGGGAGAAACGAGAACGGGAAGGGUUUGUUUUGGGAUCAUAA